CGUCUCGACGCCUUUCCAACCGUGGUAGAGAAGAGAAGGAAUGCGAUAUGCAGCAGAGACGAAGGGGUCUCCGACACGCCCAUGUUACUGCAUCCGCUCUCAAACCAUUCGCUCCGUGUGCAUUGCAUGCUUCCGAGUCUCGUAGGCGUUGUCAUCCGACAUGAAGGUGGCAGGGAAAAGCGUUUUCAUCGUCUUCCUCCUCGUACCAGAUUCGUCGCGAAUGUCUUCUAUCUUGAUCCAUUAUUAUUCUCUCUCCUUAUCCUUGCCGGCGUCCCACCUUUUACAGGCAUAGUCUCCGGCGAGAUGCAGAGAAGCGAGAAGAGAAGUAAGAGACAGUCCAUGCCUCUUCUGAAAGUUCUCGGCCUCCACGACCCUCCGUACCUGAUGAGAUCGGGGGAGGAUUACGAGACCAACACGAAAUACGAGGGUUUCCUGGUGGACAUGCUGGACCAGUUGGGGAAUCUGGUCGGCUUCGAGUACGAAAUCGACAUGGUCAAGGACGGUAACUAUGGAAGCUACAACAACGCGACUCAGACCUGGACGGGACUCAUCGGUGGAAUCAUAACUGGUGAAGCAGACCUGGCAGCAGCUCCUCUCACGAUCACGUCGGGUCGUUCGGAUGCGGUUGAAUUCUCGAAGCCCUGGAUGUACACUGGCAUCAGCGUGCUCUACAAGCAUCUUCCCGUGGACUCUGGAAGCGGAUGGAUGUUCCUGCGUCCCUUCACAUUGUCCACGUGGAUAGCCGUGGCGAUCAUGUAUGUGGGCGUAUCGUUAGCGUAUUGGGUAGUGGCCAGGUGCUCCCCCGAGGAACGGCGGAGGUCCACCGAGAGCGGAGAACCUGUCUUUGGCAUCUUCAAUACCUUUUGGGCCGCCUUCACUCCUCUUCUCCUUAGGGGGAAUCAGGACAUGCCGCAGGCCCUGUCAACGAGGCUCCUGACGGGGAUUUGGUGGUCUUUCUCCUUCCUCAUCCUCGUCCUCUACAGCUCGAUGGUGGCGAAGGAGUUCACGACGGGGCAUUAUAGACCCAAGGUUUCUUCCUGGAAGGACCUUGCCGAUGGAGCCGUCAAUUUCGGGACCAUCAAAGGGGGUUCCACGCAACGGUAUUUCAAGACGUCGCAGAUUCCCGAAUACCAGAAGAUCGCCGAAUUUCUGGCUUCACACCCGGAACUCUCAUCCUCGAGCUUAGCUGAAGGAGUGGAUCGGGUGCUAAAGAAUCCGGGGACAUUCGCCUUCAUCAUGGAGACUACGUCCGCCGAGUACCUUGCAGCCACUCGAUGUGAAAACCUUGUCGUUGUGGGACCCGAAUUUCAUCGAAGUGCCUAUGGCCUUGCUUUGAGGAAGGGU